AUGAAAAAUAAUCCGGAUGCAAAGACAAAUGCUGAUUCUCACGAAAUAUCGAGGAAAUCAAAUUUUGCAAAUUUUUUUGUAGAACUACAAACCAAAAGUAAAGCUCUAUGUUGCGACAGGGGGAAACGGAGCGUAGAUUAUUCCCUAUUCUUGUGCGCGUUUAUGGGUUUCUUAAUUUUGCUCGGAGUAACCGUAUUAGUUUUAAUCAAACAACGACAAAGGAUACAUUUAAAUCAAAGAAAUGCAAAAUUUAUGGAUGAGUCGUCGAAUGUGGAGGACAAGAAGAGAUUUUGCCAAUUGACACAAUUUAAAAAUUGUGGUAUUCCUUACUACGUACCCAUAGUAACAAGUUGCGAAGAGAGGAGCAGAAUAAUAGGAGGUGAUAAAGCUGAAUCACAUAGUUGGCCUUGGCAAGCUGCUAUAUUUGAAGGAAAUAGAAUGAUAUGUGGGGGAAGUUUAAUAAAUGAAAAAUGGGUAUUAACAGCCGCUCAUUGCUUUAAGGGGUACAAUAAAAAAAAAUUUUCCCCUAACGAUUUAACAUCUAUCCCUCAUUAUUAUCUCAUCUUAUAUUUAUUAGAGCCAAAUUGUAUCAAACCAUUUUUUAAUAUUCCUACUGGAUAUCUGACUUUAUUCAAACCUAAUCCUCCUAAGAGGAUAGUUUUAGAAAAACUUGUCCCGCCCAAGAAUCAAACUAGGCCUAUGUCUGCGAUCAUCAUCAAACUAGGGAUAGAUGUAAUUUUUGGGAGUGAUAAUGAAGAAGAAGGAGAAGAAUUAAAACCCAUUUUAAUCGUGAAAUAUAGCGCAUUUUCGUUCAAAUCGCUUGACGGCGAUAUCGCUUUAAUUAAGCUUAAUAGAGAAGUGCAUUUUUCUGAAAAAAUACUACCCAUAUGUUUACCAACAAACAAAGAUGAAAAUAUGAAUACUUAUAGCGACGAAUGUUAUGUUACAGGAUGGGGUACCGUCAAUCCCUUGAUUGAAAAUCCCACAAAUCAUUUGAUGCAAUUAUGCGUGCCAUUUAACAAACCCAAGGAUUGUAACAAUCUUUACAAAAAUUUAGGACGAAUCACAGAAAAUAUGUUUUGCGCGGGUUAUGUAAAUUCUGGGAAAGAUGCUUGUAAGGGAGAUAGUGGAGGUCCUUUUGUAUGCCAACCCAAAAACUUGAGCCGUAAAUGGAUAUACAAAAUAAGCGACGAACAAACUGAAUUCAAAUGGCUCUUAGUGGGAAUAACAUCCUGGGGAAUAGGUUGCGCAUUAUCAGACCAUCCUGGGGUCUAUACGAAAAUGUCGAAAUUUAUAUGUUGGUUGAUCGAUACCAUCAACAUUUACAAAGAUAAUACCAAUGCCACUGGCGUAGUAUUCCUGUGA